AAGCUUAAAAGCCAACGGAAUCUACGGGAUCUCCUCGCUACACGCCCGCCCCUCCCACGGCGACGCGUGACGGGGCGCAGUGGUCGCGCAGGCGCCGCCAUGUCGGCCCCGCCGUCAAAUACUUCCUCGCCUCCACCAUCUGCUACUGCUCCACCAGCAGCCACAGCCGGGUCGCCUCCUUCUCCACCAAGCGCUCCAGAGCCGUCGUCGAUAGCCACGUCCGCUGCAGCCGCCCCGUCGCUUCCAUCACCCACGGUGCCGGCCGAUCCACCACCGCUGCAAGCGCCAGUUGUUCCGCUGCCGCCAACGCCGCUGACCCCGCUUGCUCCGCCGGCUGUUUCUCCUCCAGAGACUCCUCCUGCUCCUAUCCCACCGGCACCGGUGUUUCUUCCGCCGCCUGAUCCUCCGGCUUCUUCGCCUCCCGCCCCGCCGCUUCCCUCGCCUCCACUACUGCAGCCGCCACCGACGACUCCAACUCCAUCUGCUCCGCCGGCACUUUCACCCCCACCGCUGGCGCCAGCGGCACCAACUGAUCCGCCGCCGUCUUCCCCUGAUCCACCGGCACCACCAGCUGACCCGCCGGCGCCAUCUACUCCACCCCCGCAACCCACACCAUCUGCUCCGCCGGCUCCUCCCCCGCAAUCACCAGUGGCGCCUGCUGCUCCCCCGCCGGCGGCGUCUCCUCCUCCUACGCCGCAGCCACCGGCGACACCAGCUGCACCACCACCGGCGGCGUCUCCUCCUGUAUCGCAGCCACCGGAGACACCAGUUGCACCACCACCAGCGGCGUCUCCUCCUAUACCGCAGCCACCGGCGACACCAGCUGCACCACCGGCGUCUCCUCCUAUACCGCAGCCACCAAUACCUUCUCCGCCUGCACCGGUGGCGCCGCCCACGCCGUCAGCACCGCCACCAUCUCCACCGGUGAUGCCACCACCGUUGCCUGCGCCAUCAACACCAACGCCGUCGCCGCCAGUGAUCCCUCCUCCGUCGUCGCCAGUGAUCCCUGCGACACCACCAACGGCAACGCCGUCCCCUCCGAUCAUGCCGCCUUCACCAUCAACGCCCACUCCGGCGCCUCCAAUGCAACCGGCGCCAUCGCCACCGGCGCCUGCACCAACGCCCACGCCGUCGCCUCCAGUGACGCCUGCGCCACUAACGCCACUGCCGCCAUCCCCUGCGGUGCCAGCACCAGCAACGCCGUCCCCUCCUCCUACCGUGGCGCCAGUACCACCCGCACCGCCAGUACCACCCGCACCCACUCGUCCAUCUCCGUCAACACCAGCACCACCAUUGCCGUCCCCGCCUUCUCCCCUGACGCCAGGGCCACCACCAUUGCCGUCGCCGCCUUCUCCCGUGACGCCAGUGCCACCGCCAGUUCCAUCCCCGCCUGCUCCCGUGACGCCAGUGCCACCAGUGCCGUCUCCGCCUUCUCCAUUGACGCCAUCUCCAUCAAUACCAGUGCCACCAUUGCCUUCGCCACCUCCCCCAGCAUCACCGGAGCCGCCAAGGCCGUCACCACCUUCUCCAGUGACUCCAUCUCCUCCAGGUGUCCCGGCCCCAAACAUACCACCGUCCCCGCGACGAAGGGCGCCGGAGCCACCACCAGCGACGCCAUCAUCUCCACUCCGACCAGAUCCUCCAGCGGCGCCCAGACGGCCGCCGCUCUCGCCGUCUCCUGUUCCGCCAUCUCCUCACGCCCGUCCUGGCGUAAUUUCGUCGUCCCCACCUCCUCCUGGCGUAAUCCCGUCGCCCCCAAGCGAUGGCCCUUCCUCCUCGCCGUCAUUCACACCUCCGGCACCGCCGUCACCGCCAUCCGCUUCAAAUGGAACUGUCAUCGGCGUCUCCGUGGCCGUCGCAACGGUGGUCGUGCUCGGCCUCAUCGCCGGCCUCAUCUACUGCUGCUCCAAGAAGCGCCGCCAACGCCGCCGCAGCGCUCCGUCCGGCGGCAAUGUCUACGGGCCCCGGCUGCCGGUGACGUCGUCGCAGCAGCAAUCGAAGCCGCCGUCGUCAGCGCCAUUACAAUCCACGCCGCAGUCGUACUCGCAGCAGAUGCUCGCGCACCAGUCGUGGCAGACCAGCGGCGGCGGCAGCGGCGCGCUCUCGGGUCCCCUGCGCCCACCGCCGCCUCCUCCUCCGCCGCCGGUCACGGGCGGCACGGUGUCGUACGCGGAGCUGGUCGCGGCGACAGGCGGGUUCUCGGACGCGAACCUGCUCGGGCAGGGCGGGUUCGGGCACGUGUACCGCGGCACACUGGAGGGGGGCGGCGAGGUGGCCAUCAAGCGGCUGCGGCCCGGGAGCGGGCAGGGCGACCGCGAGUUCCGCGCCGAGGUGGAGAUCAUCAGCCGUGUCCACCACCGCCAUCUCGUCUCCCUCGUCGGAUACUGCAUCCACGGCGACCAGCGCCUGCUCGUCUACGAGUACGUGCCCAACAAGACGCUCGAGCUCCACCUGCACGGGAUUGGUCGGCCGCCUCUGGAUUGGCAGCAGAGGUGGAGGAUCGCGCUUGGGUCGGCCAAGGGAUUGGCCUACUUGCACGAGGACUGUGAUCCUAAGAUUAUCCACCGUGACAUCAAGGCGGCAAAUAUACUUCUGGAUUACAAUUUCGAGCCCAAGGUUUCAGACUUUGGGUUGGCCAAGAUCCAGCCGGCAGAUGACACUCACGUCUCCACGCGCGUCAUGGGAACCUUCGGAUACUUGGCGCCGGAGUACGCCACCACCGGCAAAGUAACGGACCGGUCCGACGUCUACUCCUUCGGAGUAGUGCUUCUGGAACUGAUAACAGGGAUGACGCCUGUCCUGUCGCCCGAGCCAGACAAUGACGAGACUCUGGUUUCUUGGUCAAGGCCUAGGCUGACAAGAGCUCUGGAAGAUGACGACCUUGACGAGCUGACCGACCCGAGCCUGGGCACCAACUACGACGCCGUCAACAUGCGCCGGCUCAUCGCCUGCGCCGCCGCCGCCGUGCGGACCACAGCCCGGUCCCGCCCGCGGAUGAGCCAGAUCGUGCGGUUCCUGGAGGGGCAGAUGUCGGUGGAGGCCCUGAACGCCGGCGUGGCGCCGGGGCAGAGCGAGGUCGUGGACGGCGGCGCGGCCGAGCAGCUGCGGCGGAUGAGGCGGAUGGCGUUCGUGCCGGGGACCUCCUCCACCGGCGGGGGUUUCCUCACCGAGAAAAGCUACGUCAGCGAGGCGACGAGCGAGUACGGGCUGCACCCGUCGUCGUCCAGCUCCAGCGACGACGACGCCACCGCCACGAGCGAGGCGGCGGCCAGCGCGCACGGCGCCACGAGCCGGACGCAGACCACCGUGUCCACUGCCUCAGUCGCGGCGGCCGGCAGGGAUGGACAGAGGUCCGGCGAGAUCGGCGCCGCCGAGGGGAUUGCCCGCCGCACGCGGUCGGGACAAACCGAGUGACGCAGCGUUUUUUUUAUGUCUUAUAAAAGUUUUUUCUUGGGCAUAUCGUUAUUUUGGGGUACACAAUACAAGCAAUCAGGAAUUCAGGUUAGUGGUAGGAGUAGAACUUUUCUAGCUUUGCUCAUAUCAUUUUGGUCCAAGGGUUUGCUAGAUAAAAUUGGUAGCAAAUUUUUUGAUCAAAGUGCAAACUUUCCCAGUCAGUCAGUUUUGGAGAACACAGGAUAUUGUAGAGUGAGAUGUAGCGGCUUGAUUCGUCUCGUGAUAGAGAUUAGCUGUAUGGAACUUUCUUGUAGUCCCAUGUGCCUUUUUGCUUCGUUGUGCUGCGCCAGAGAUUGCUGAAUGACAGGUGGAUAGUUAGCAUCCACUGGCGUCCACUUAGUUUAAGC